UGCGUGCGUGUGUCCGCGCGCACCGCACAACAUCGCGAGGCGCGCGCGCUGACACAUGGAGCGUCGAAGUGGCGCGUGAAGGAGGUCUGAGUCUGCAGGUGCUCGCGCUCGCGCUGCGUCCUCUAAACAACAACAACAACAACAACAAUCUGCACGGGGAUCAUUUUAGAUAUUAUAGAUAUUUUUAUUUAAUUGAACACAAUGCGGAUUCUGACGUGCGUCGUCACGGUGCUCGUCCUGUUCCUGCACGUCAGCGCUCUAUCUAAGGUUUUCGGGGACUUGGAGCCGGUGAGGAUGACGUCGGAGGGCUCUGACUGCCGCUGCAAGUGUGUGAUGCGGCCGCUGAGCAUCGAGGCGUGUGCCAGACUUCGAGACGGGACCCUCAAAGUGGACGAUUUUUACUCAGUGGAGACGGUGAGCUCAGGAUCGGACUGUAAAUGCUCGUGCACGGCUCCGCCCUCGUCCCUGAACCCCUGCGAGAAUGAAUGGAGGACAGAGAAACUUAGGAAGCAAGCACCUGAGCUGCUCAAGCUGCAUUCCAUGGUGGAUAUGCUGGAGGGGACGUUGUACAGUAUGGAUCUGAUGAAGGUUCAUGCGUACAUGAAUAAAGUGGUGGCUCAGAUGAACACACUGGAGGAGACGAUAAAAACCAACCUGAGCCGAGAGAACGACUUCAUCCGAGACAGCGUAAUGAACCUGUCCAAUCAGCUGAAGAAGUACGAGAACUACUCAGACAUCAUGGUGAGCAUUAAGAAGGAAAUCUCCAGCUUAGGAGGGCAGCUGAUGAAGAAAGAUGUGACAGACAACAAGGCACAGGCCACCGACAGCAAGAAGGGCAAAGAGGCAGUAAAACCCUCCAACAAAAAGUCACCGGUGGUGAAACCUCCUCCAAAACCACCCAAAGAGAAGCCCAUCAAACCCAAAAAGGAGCCUCCGCCACCCAAAAUGCCCAAACCUGCGAAACCAGAGCCGACCCCCAAGAGCAAAGCGGCGGGUCAUCAGCCAGGGGUCAUCAGGGGCAUCACCUACUACAAAGCCACCAGGACGGACGAGUCAGAAAACACAGCCAAAACCCACACCGUCCACAAAAUCCAGGACAAGGGAGGUUCCGAACAUGUCUUGGAGGCCAUCGAGGGCACCACUUCUGCUUCGACAAAAACGACAAGGACGACGUCUACAACAACAACUACGACAACUGUUGCUCCGACAACAGUUGCCUCACAAACACAAACAACCACCAGCGGUGAGGAGAUUUUCACCAGGUCUUCUACCGUGUCAGAACCAGAGACGGUGAAACCCACCGUUACUGUCACACCAUCUCUGAAGAGCACAAAACUCAGCUCUAACAACACAGUGUACAUUAAACCUCUGGAGUGUGAGGGUACCAUUGCGUCUGUGGAGAUGCCAGAGAAGCACCAUAGCUACGGGCGUAAUGAAGGCGCCUGGAUGAAGGACCCUGCAGCCAAGGACAACCGGAUCUACGUCACCAACUACUACUAUGGCAACAACCUUGUGGAGUUUCGCAACCUGGACAAUUUUAAGCAAGGUCGCUGGAGUAACCUCUACAAGCUUCCGUAUAACUGGAUAGGAACGGGUCACGUGGUCUACAAUGGUGCCUUUUACUACAACCGAGCCUUCACCAAGAACAUCAUCAAGUACGACCUGCGGAUGCGCUACGUGGCGGCAUGGACGCUCCUCCAUGACGUGGUCUAUGAAGACACGACGCCGUGGAAGUGGCGCGGCCAUUCGGACAUCGACUUCGCUGUGGAUGAGAGUGGACUCUGGGUGAUCUACCCGGCAAUGGACUAUGACUACUCGCAGCAGGAGAUGAUCAUCAUCAGCAAGUUGGACCCGAGUGACCUCUCCACCAAGAAGGAGACAACGUGGAGGACGGGUCUGAAGCGCAACACGUACGGAAACUGCUUCAUCGUGUGCGGCGUGUUGUAUGCCAUCGACGUGUACAACCAGAGAGAGGGCGAGGUGGCAUACGCCUAUGACACACAUACCAACACCGAGGUGGCGCCGCGGCUCCCGUUCACCAACGAGUAUGCCUUCGUCACCCAGGUGGACUACAAUCCUAAAGAGAAGGUGCUUUAUUGCUGGGACAACGGACACCAGCUCACUUAUAACCUUCACUUCGUGGGCCAGUGAGGGGCUGCGAAAACCGUUCACCUGUAAUUCAGGAAAUCUGACUUUUGUAAGAGAGAAAUAAAUAUAAAGAAAAUCAUGAUGACUGUAAAAGGGAAAGCGACACUUUCUGACUUUGUGCCGACUAAAGCAAAGUUGUUUAAAUCAUGUAGCAGAAACGGCUUUAAAGUGUAACUUUAAGCUUAAAAUUUAGUGUUUUAAAAAUUAUUUCUUCAAAAUGAAUUUCAAUUUAAAGAAUUAUUUCCAGCAGAAAAAGUACAUUCAUGCUUUCAUGCUCACCCCAAAUGUCUUCAAAUCACCUCAAAGAGUAACUCCUCCUAGGGCUUUCGAGCCACAUGAACCAAAUUCAGAUAUGUUGUAGAUCCUGGUCUGAAGUUUGUUGCUAUUACUUUUCUAAGCGAUCCGAGUACCGGUACUUCCGGUACCGGGUCUCAAAUUGGCGUUUUUUCCCAUAGACUCCCAUUAUAAACUUUGGAGGUUUAUAACUCGGCAAGCUUUCGAAACUAUCUACACCAAACUCGGCCAGCUACUUUAGGGUGAUACUCUGAACAAAGUUUUAAAUUGGUGUACCGACUGGCCUUUUGGUUGUGUCGCAGCCCCGCCCCCAAAAUAUGCAAAAUCAAAAAACUUUUUACAACAUGGACAUGUGACAUAUCAAAACACUCAGAACAAUGAGGUGAACUUCCUCAGGAGUAUUCGGAUGAUGUCACACACUUGUCUCCACUUGCCUCCAAAUGUUUUGGCACCCUAGCUUUCUGUCCACUUGCCUCCAAAACUAACACUAACCCUUAUGUCCACUUGCUUCCAAAAAGCACCGGCCUUUGCGAAUACUUGCAUCGUCAAAGCCAACAUUUGUUGCGACGAACUUUACAAAUCUAGUUUUAAUUUGAAUUUCCUCGCAUGCUUUUUACCGAUAAACUCAAUUUCCUGUUUGAAUUUUGCUGGGAAUUCAACAUUAUUAAAAAAGUAAGAUCGUUUUUUUUUUUAAAAGCAACACAUUUUUCCCCAAAUUAGUUGUACAUUUUAUAUUACACUUUUGACACACUUUAUAUCAGAAACUGUACACUUUUAGCAAGGCUACCUGAGUGUUGUACCUGAAUGUUUGUUUUGUAUUUUUUAUUUUUUUUUUUAUAAAGGAUGACAAUACUAUAAAAGAAUAUAAACUUAUCAUAAAAAUAAAUGCUUUGUGAAUAAACCUAUAAAAUCCCAUAUAAGAUGUUUAUGGUACUUGUAUUAAAUAGGGUGUAUCGGUGUAUGUACAGUAAAUGACUCAUGUACACUAUUACAGCUAUUAAUUUUGUAAGAUAUAAAUUACUUUUGCACUGUAAAUAUUUCCUGUAACCGUUAGCGACCGAAGUGUUUAUUAGAUCAAUAAGGGUGUGGUGUUUUUAUUAUUAUUAUUAUUAUUUUUUUAAAUGUCUCUCAGUAAACAUUAGUUAAACUCCUGGAUGAGUUUCUGUUAAGUUACAUGUUUUGUAUGACUAACGCAUGGAGGCUGAAAUGUUCCAUGUUUUCUGCACUAUAACUAGAAUAAACUUCAACCCCGUUACCAUGGA